AUUAUUUUCAAUACACAAAUAAAUGUUACGUUAACAAAAUGAUUGCAAUAUUACAUAAGUAAAUAUACUAUCUCUGGUGAUUAGAGAUUACAGCAUAUACAACUGAUAACAAAAAACUCUUAAAUACUGUUGUGACUUUACAAAGACAGACAAAAGUGUUAUUUGACACUCCCUUCUUGAAGAUCUUAAAAAAACAUAAAUCACGGAACGUUGAUGUGAUUAAGGAACGUUGGUCGACAGUCACUUAUUCCAGUUUUUUCUCUAUACUCAGGGCAGACAAGCAGUCAUGCUAUAUCCAAGUCACAUAUUUAUUAUAUCAUCUAAAUACAAAUGUCACUUUGUCAAAAACUGCAAAAUCUUGAUGAAGAAAUUUGUUAACAUUUUGUAUGGACCAUAUUGGCAUAAAAUGUGAAAUUUAUACUGCUGGCCGACUUGUGUAAUUCAACAUGCCACCGGGAUUUACGCAGAAAAAAGACACUGUAACAAAUUUAACUAAUCUCCUUGUUUUCUGGGAUAUCCUACCUUGAAAAGGAUUUAACGCUGCAUAGAUACUAUAGUUUACUGUUCACUUUUAAUGUAUGCCAAGGUGAACAAUGCAUCCAUACGCCGAAGAGAUAAGCUCAAUUAAUUCUUUUCAAAGCCACAAUAUGCACAGUAAUUCAUCGUCUAAUUCAUCACCACACUCACCUGGCUCUUUAAGAGCGCCAUCGAUCACUGGGUUACCACAGUUGAAACAUCUCACUGCAACGGAAAUACAUAAUGUCAACAAACAUCCACUUAUCUCGUUUCCCAAUGAAAAAACCUUUACUCAACAUCUACCGAGUAUUAUGACAACUAAUAUUACUGAUGAGAUAUUUCAAACCAAUGGACAAUUAAUGAUUGGUUCUGGUGGAGGGGUUGAUGUAGAAUGCAAUAGAAGGAUUGAAAAUCAAAAUCAAUGGGACUUUAAGUUUAGUAGAGAUAAACUGAAUCAAAUCAGUGCUAGGCGGAAGUCUGCCAAUGGUACAUGCUUUUGCGGUCCUGGACGGAAACGUUAUUUAAUUGCAUUUCUAUGCUGUGCAUGCCUUACUGUUGUUAUUGGUAUGCGGUCAGAAAUGUUAGGAAUUAUAACAAAUUUAAACAAUACAAACAGUCGAGUAUCACUUGGUUUUAAAUAUGCCUCAACUGGACAUGUUGAAAAAGGUGGAUUAUUUAAACACGAGAAAGAAGAACACUUUGAUAUAUUAAGCGGUUCUCGAGAUGAUGAUUUGAAUAUGGAAGGAUCUUUGAGCCAAAGUGAAGAAUUACACAACGAUCCACAUCACAUUAAUGAUCGUCAUUCUACAUCAUUAAUAUUUAAGCCAUCCGAACAUCGGAAAAUGCCAUGGACAGAAGCAAUUAAAAAUGAUAUUGUAGAAAAUGCAGUAUUUUUUGCUUACCUAAUUACUAGUCCAAUUGGUGGUUAUCUGACUGUAAAUUAUGAUUCAUCAUUCUUACUGGGUGGUUCAGUUGCUAUCACAUGUGGAAUGAAUCUUUUCUUACCACUUGUAGAAACUAUGGGCAAUAAUAUUAAUGCAAAGCUUGUAAUGAUUAUUCUACUAAGACUGAUACAGGGUUUAGCUGAAGGCUGUUUAAUACCAGCCGUAUUUGGUGUACUGAGAUUCUGGAGUCCAGAAAAUGAACGUUCAACAUUGGUCUGCUUAGCUGUAAUCGGUGUUUCACUAGGUCCAUUAAUUGGUUUACCUGUAUGUGCAGAAAUUGAAAAGAAAUGGGGUUGGGGUGUUGUAUUUUAUAUAUAUGCUAAUUUAGGCUUAAUUUGGUGUAUAUUUUGGUGGCGAUUAAUUGAUGAAAAACCAAAUAAAGAUAAAAAAUUAGGUAAACGUGAAAUGAACUUUUUAAAGUCAACUAUACCAAAUCGUAUAUUAUUUACUCAAGGAUAUACACAAAUACCAUGGCAAAAAAUAUUCACAUCACGACCUGUAUAUGCUAUUUUAUUCACGUAUGCAGCUGAUGACUGGACAUUUCAAAUAUCUUCAGUAUGCAUGCAAUCAUUCUAUCAACAAAUAUAUGACGUUGAUGUGGAACGCACUAUAUUUUUUCUAUCCUUUCCAUUCUUAUCCAGAUCAAUGUUUGUACCAAUUGGUGGUAUAUUUGCUGACUUUUUAAGAAUAAACACUAGCCUUUCACGGACUACAAUACGCAAAAUGUUCGCUGGGUUAGGUUUUGGAUUAAAAGGAAUAUUUUUUAUCGCCCUUGGUUAUGCACCGUCGGAGAUUUACGCAACAAUGCUACUCUCACUAGCUUUGGGAUUCUCUGGUCUUGCAGUGGCAGGCUAUGCUGUAAAUGUGAUUGAUUUAGCCCCGAAUUUCUCAGGUUUAGUUAUGGGAUUCGCAAACAGUGUCAGUACAUUCACAGGUAUUCUGUCAACAUUCAUCGCGUCAAUUGUAGUUCAUAAAUUUGGCUUAGAAUUAAAAAAUGGUUGGAGAGUUGCAUUGUGUUUAGCAGCAUGCAGUCAAUUCGGUGCAAUGAUUACCUAUUUAAUAUUUGGUUCAAGUGAACAACAACCAUGGGCUUAUUCAUCAACAUCAACAGAUAAUGAUGAUACCAAUAAAUCUGAUGAACAAAUCGAUAAUCCCCUAAAUCAGAGCAAGUGAAUCAAAUGAAAUUACAUGAUGGAAACUUGUUUCGAAUUUUUUCCCUUGACAUUAGAAACUAUCUUUAUUGCUUUUUCUGAUAAGUGAUGAAUAUGUAUUUCAGUGUGUGGUUUUAAAUAUUUUUAUACUAAAAAAAGCGAUAGUAUCACCCUCUGUUUUGGAUAUACUAACAUAUAUGCACAUACAUGAAAGAAGACAAUGUAUACAACUAUACUUGUGAUUAAUCAUGAAGAGGCAGUUAAGAAACUUAUAAAAUUGAAUGAUUUUUGAUAUUGUAUAAUAUAUACCAUUCUGGUUUGUGAGUAAUUCGAUGAAAAUCGGUAUACAGGGUGAUAAAUAUAUGAAUACGUUUUUGAAGUUAGUUUUAUGAAAGAUGACAAUGACAGUCAAAUGGGCUUUUUCUUAGGUGAAGUUUCCAAGUGUCAAUCCUGAAGAAGAGUAACUUAUUGAUAUGAAAAUCCGAUUCAAAGCAACUUCAUAAAACAGAUUAUUGUUAUAACUAACUAAAAUAAACUGAACCUUUUAUUAUAUUGUAAGAAAAAGUAAGCAUCAUGAAAUCGCUUUAUUCAUUAUGAACAGUCUACAAAAUCAAGUCAGAUAUUAUGUAUUCACCCUGUCAUUUGAAUACACAAUAUCCAGUAAUUUUCGAAUACAAUAUCAGUUAUGAAUUUCGUACAAAUUUAAUACUAACAUAAAUUGAAAAAAUCGGAAUUAUAGUAACAAAUAACCGAAUGUACCUGCAUAUUACGUUUACUCAUUCAUUAGAUACAAAGAAUGGUACAGCAUAAUUUAACAUAUGAUUUAUCAAGCGUAAUUUAAUGCUCAUAGUUCAUUACAACGUAUAUGAUAUGGUUGAAUUAUAUUUAGUAUUGAAAAAGGAUAAAAGGAAGGUUAGGACUGAACCUUAAUGAAAGUUUUACCUGCUGCUUCUCAUUACGUUUUUGAAUUAUUGCCUCCUAUGUCCAUGAGGCGUUAAAUAGCAAUAUUUUUCAACUGUUUGGUUCGACCGUGUUGGUAAUUUUAUACGAUGACUACGGUUCAGAUUUCAAACCGAAAUUUACCAAGUGAUCGCGUCUCUCGCUGUAUAAUACUAAACUGUAGCCUUUUUAUCACCUUAAUGAAGAACAGAUUUCAUAUGGUCAAUGUAACCAGCCGAACAUGAGCAUAUGAACUUCAAGGUACAUAAUGAUAUAGUGAAAAUAGACAACCAGAUCGUAAUACACCCAUGAACUAAUUAACUACUUGAAAAGAUACUCCAGAUUUUAGCAAUAAAGAAUGUCCAUACGACAGAUUCUUUGGAAGACGUGAUUUAAUUUCACUUUUGAAGCUGACUAUCAACAUCAAACCAUGAGAACCCAAGGAAACCAGUCAUAUUUCAGACCUGAGUGACGGUGCAUCGAUAUUUUUACCGUUCGACAGGUUCUAGAAGGAAACGGAACGAAAAGGAAUGAAACGCACUCAGCUAUCUUGUGUACAUUCGUGCAGUCGGCAACAAGCCAAACCUAUUUUGUGACGGACAGUAAUACUACCUGGUUGCCCAAACUUCCGAAGGAGGAACAUAAACAAACUUAUCGACGACCGAUACUAUCAAUAUUUUCUGACCGGAAGAUGGCAUUUAACUCAGUUAACUGAGGGAUGUUGUGGCAGUGUCCGACUAUGAAGAGUGUACCGAGCAAUUAAACAAUACUAAUCAAAACUCUCCACUUAAAUCACCCAGCUGUGUGAGGGCAUAUGGAGAAUUGGCAUCUGAAUCGAUAAAAAAGUAGUGUCCCCAAUAAAUACUUACUGCUAUCGUUCUU